GCGCCACUCACUACUCAUUCUGAUAUAAACAAUCGUAGCGGUGAAGCCCUUAUCAGUCAUACUCGAGCGGUUUUAUCGUGUGUGUGAAAGUGAUAGUGGAACUGAGAUUCAAACGUGCGUUCUAUUUUUGAAAAAGUCAACCAAAACGAAAAUGUCUUGCUGCAAGAAACCCACUAAGACCAUGUCUUGCGACAACUCCAACUGUCUCUGCAUCGAGACUGCUGGCCGAAGCUGCCUCUGUCUCACUACUGACAAGAACGGUCGUGUCAUCGAGUGCAAGAACUGCGUGUGCAAUGGUUCCAAGUGCUGCCCCAUGACUUCUGGCCAGGGCACCUGUCGAUGCCUCUGUCGCAGUGAAUCCAAAGUCUGCCGUAACUGCUCGUGCUCUAAGACCAAGAGCAGCUGUGAAGACUGCCAAUGCGUUGGAAAAAGCUGCGUUUGCAUCAAAACUGAUGGAAAAUCUUGCAUCUGUGUUUGCAAGAAUGAAAAAGGCGAAAUAGUUACAUGUGAUGACUGCUCGUGCUCUGAAGAAGGUGGAUUGAAGAAAUGUGGCAAGUGCGAGUGUAAGAAAGACAAGGGUAGCUGUGAAGACUGCCAAUGCGUUGGAAAGAGCUGCGUUUGCAUCAAAACUGACGGAAAAUCUUGCAUCUGCGUUUGCAAGAAUGAAAAGGGAGAUAUUGUGAAGUGCAAUGAUUGUGCUUGCACUGAUAGUAACGUCAAGAAGUGCGAAGACUGCAAGUGCAGUGGCGCUAAGAAAUGCGGAAAGGAUGCUUGUGUUUGCAUCAAAACCGAUGGGAAACCUUGCAUCUGUGUUUGCAAGAAUGAAAAGGGAGAAAUCAUAGCUUGUGAUGAUUGCGUUUGCACUGGCGGAAAAUGCGGGACAUCUUCAGCUGGUGAAAAGAAAACAUGCUCUAAAUCAGAGUGCAUCUGCAUUUCUACGGGUGGAAAGUCUUGUCUCUGCCUCUGUACUGAUGAAAAAGGGAACAUCAAGAGUUGCGAUGAUUGUGAAUGCAACGAUGACAAGUGCGGAAAAGGUGCCUGUGUUUGCAUCAAACCGAUUGGAAAGUCAUGCAUCUGUGUUUGUAAGAAUGAAAAAGGUGAAAUUGUUACAUGUGAGGACUGCUCAUGCUCUGAAGAAGGUGGAUUGAAGAAAUGUGGCAAGUGCGAGUGUAAGAAAGACAAGGGUAGCUGUGAAAACUGCCAAUGCGUUGGAAAGAGCUGCUUUUGCAUCAAAACUGACGGAAAAUCUUGCAUCUGCGUUUGCAAGAAUGAAAAGGGAGAUAUUGUGAAGUGCAAUGAUUGUGCUUGCACUGAUAGUAACGUCAAGAAGUGUGAAGACUGCAAGUGCAGUGGCGCUAAGAAAUGCGGAAAGGAUGCUUGUGUUUGCAUCAAAACCGAUGGAAAACCUUGCAUCUGUGUUUGCAAGAAUGAAAAAGGAGAAAUCAUAGCUUGUGAUGAUUGCGCUUGUACUGGCGGAAAAUGCGGGACAUCUUCAGCUGGUGAAAAGAAAACAUGCUCUAAAUCAGAGUGCAUCUGCAUUUCUACGGGUGGAAAGUCUUGUAUCUGCCUCUGUACUGAUGAAAAGGGGAACAUCAAGAGUUGCGAUGACUGCUCUUGCUCAGAGACAGAGGGAUUGAAGAAAUGUGGAAAAUGUGAGUGCAAGAAUGACAAGGGUAGCUGUGGAGACUGCCAAUGCGUUGGAAAGAGCUGCGUUUGCAUCAAAACUGACGGAAAAUCUUGCAUCUGCGUUUGCAAGAAUGAAAAGGGAGAUAUUGUGAAGUGCAAUGAUUGUGCUUGCACUGAUGGUAACAUCAAGAAGUGUGGAGAUUGCAAAUGCAAGGCUGAUAAGGAAUGUAAGAAAGAUGGUUGUGUUUGCAUCAAAACCGACGGGGCUAAAUGUAUUUGUAUUUGCGAGAACAAAGAUGGAAAGAUAAUUCGAUGCAAGGAAUGCUCCUGUGAGUAGGGCAUGAAGGCAAAUAAAUAUUGUUAAUACAUAAUAUUAUAACUACAAUAUGUAUUGUAUUGUUUUCAAGUAGUGAGUAGUUCGUUCACUUAUAUGUGUAAGAAUCUUGAAUUGUUAACCUAAUAUUGGAACCAUUUGGCAAAAUGUAACCCUUCAAACUUUUUUUCUUAGAUUUUAGAUUUGUUUCGUAAAUAAUUCUGUACUUAAUAAAGAGUAUGUAAAAUAAUG